AUGAGCUGCAGUGAAAAGAAAAUAGCCUGCGUCAACUGUAGGAGUAGCAAAACCAAGUGCGUUGGAGGAGAUGCGCCAUCUUUCAGCGAUUCCAAUCUCUCCGCUGCCCAACUCGCCUGUGAGCGGUGCAGGAAGAGUGGAUUGGAAUGCAUAUGGCAAGCGAGUAAAAAGACGGGCAGGCCAUCAAAAACAACGGCAAAAGCAGUUACUUUGGAUAUGUUUGAAGCUUAUUCGAGGGGUGUUCCCCUAAUAGGCAGCGAGGAUGUUGAGCAGGUACACGAUCUAGUCUACUACGCUGCUUUGACAAUCUCUGAUAACUUCAAGGGCUUGGAUGUAAUUAGCGAUAGAGCAUCAAUGCUGUCACUCGCUGAGGAGGCCAUUCUAACACACAAAUGCGAUUUGCGUUCAAUCAUUGGCUUGAUAUACACUAUUCAUGACGAUUAUGGGGCUAAUAACACAGAAGCAGCUCAAUAUCAUUUGUCUUAUGUUUGCAGAGUAGCACUGGAGUUGGGUUUGAAUACAAGGUCACCUAGAAUAGACCCAUUCGACGACCCGUUGAGCUCAAUCUACGGCAGAAUUUGGUGGGAGAUAUAUCUGUUGGAUGUACUGCUUCAUUUGAGUACGAGUGGUCAGAUAGCUCGUCAAAUUAACUCUUUAACUAUUAUUGACAUUGAUGCCAAUUCAAUCGCAACAGACGUAACACUGCAGCAAGCAUACGAUGGGCGUAUUAAGUCCGCGCUGAUAUUGAGUGAAUCAACAAAAAUCGACGGCAGAUUAAACUUCGAGCGUGUCAGUGCACUCGACACGAUGAUUACAAACCAGCUCGCUCUCACACAGUCGUCAUACCACUCGGAUGAAAACUUUACAAUAAAGGAGCUCAACUUUACUUCUACAAUGAUGCUACUGGCUUCGCGUGUUCAUUUACACCGUCAGGCGUGGUUUGCUGACAUGACAUUCGAUUUCCAGUCGUGUUCGUUCAGGCAGAAGAUGAGCGAGAUGGAAAUGCUGCUUAACGACAUGUUCGUAAUGCCCAGUAGUGGGAAUUUGGACGCCAGCCUUUGUGCAAGUCUGCAUGCAAUCCGAGAAUCUUCCCAACAAAUGCUUCAUUGGAUAAGAGUCGAUGAGGUCUACCAGUCGCAGAGUGCAUCAACAACACCUCCACACUGGCCGUUCUACAGCUGUUGCCAACUCGUUGCCUCAUAUGGCCCUAUACUUGAGAUUGCAAUUCUGAACGCUAGCAGGAAUAGCGAGAAUGGCGUAUUGGAGACUGUCGCAGCACCGGAGAACGGUGUUUGGAAAACACGUGCGGCUCUGAGUAGCGUUGAUUUGACACAUGCUACUUUAGCGCGUUACAUGAAGGUGUGGAUGAUUGCGGGUGUAUAUCGCGAUGAAGUGGCUGUCUGUAGGGCUGUUGUUGACACCUGUGGACCUACUGGUUUUGGAAUGUAA